GUGGAGAAAUAGUUGGCUUUAGGGACAGCUUGACAGCAAAUUUGGCGCUCCAUUGGCAUGCGCAUGUCGCCAAGAAAAACACGGUGACUUUCAAGUCCGCUGUGCGCCGACAGAGGGCGCUGCAAGGUGGCGAGCUGACAAUUGAAAAGUUAAUUGAACGCCACUCAAAUCGCAAUUAAUUACCAACUCGACGAGUAGGCCUACAAGGAAGCGCUGAACUUGACAUCGAAAAUCGAGCAGAAAGAGUCGAAACGAAACUGAAACCGAAAUCGACACUCAAUUCGAUGGCAGUACCAAAACCGUGGACAAAAAGACAAAUUACCUGAAACCAGUUUUGGCCCGCAAUUGUCAAAUUGUCAACCAAGAUGCCGAGACACUUUAGUACUUGUUACCGGUUUGCUCUUCGGUUAUUUCUCUUCUUUUUUGUAUUUGCCCCAUUCCGCUUUUGUUGAGGGCGCCACUUCUUUGGGGGGCUAAUUCUGACGCCCCAUAUAAAGUGACGUGCGUCGGGAGUGGUCGACAUCAUUAAGUCGACGUCUCUGCAAGACGGAUAUACUCGGACGGAUAUACUCGUGUAUAGUCGUCAGCCUGAAAGUCAUCGCAUCCUGUGCGGCACGUGCCACUUCAUCCUCGAGCAAACCCAGUCCAGUCCAAAGGAAGUGAUUCCACAAUGGCAGGCAAACUCCUGACUGUUUUCUCCCUUCUGGCCAUCACUGCAUCCUGUCGCGCAGGAUUCGCGGCCACCUAUGCCGGCUACCAUCCCGCCUACGCCACCUACCAGGCUCCAGCUGCCGUCUACCAUGCGGCUCCAGUGGCCCAGGCUGCUGUCUACCACCAGGCGGCUCCUGUCUUCGCCAAGACCUUUGUGCCAGCUGCUCCUGUGUACACCAGAUCCUAUGCCGUGCCCGCUCCAGUUGUGAAGGCGGUGGCUCCUGCUCCUCUCGCUCUGCCCCUUGCUGCUCCGGUGGUCAAGACCCUGGCUGCUACUCCCGUGGUUGCUGCUCCAGUGGUGAAAACUGUGGCUGCUGCUCCCGCGGUUCUAAAGCAGGUGGAGUUGGAGUCCUCUCCCCGCUACGACUUCUCCUACGGCGUCCACGACAGCAUCACCGGCGACAUCAAGAGCCAGGUGGAGACCCGUGACGGCGGCAACGUGGUGGGAUCCUACUCCGUCCUGGAUGCCGAUGGCUACAAGCGCACAGUGACCUACACCGCCGACGACAUCAACGGAUUCAAUGCGGUGGUUCAGCGGGAACCGGUUGUGGCUGCCCGUGCCGUGGCUGCUCCAGUGGUUUCCGUGGCUGCUCCAGCUCCAGUUCCCGUCCAUGUUGCCGCUCCCGUGGCCUCGCUGCCCGCUCCCAUCUACUAUCCCCACCAGCAGGUGUUCGCGCCCCAGCAGGUUCAACAGCAGGUUGCCGAGCAGCAGGGUGAGGUGGUGGAGGCUCCUGUGGCCCAACAGCCCGAGCUGGAACCCACUCCCAUUGACUACAACGAGGGUCAGCAACAGCAGCCGCAGCAGGAACAGCAGCAGCAGCAGCAGGAGCAGCAGCAAUCCUAUCCCCAGGAUCAGCAGUUCCCGCCCUUCUCUGGCCAAUCCUCUCCAGCUCCCGACAGCGAUGAUUCCGACGUGGUGGAGGCACGAUCUGCCCCGGAGGCCAACACCACCACCACCGCUGCUCCAGUGACGGAGGAGAACAAGAAGACGGACUAGAUUUGAUUGAAAACGGAAAUAUUGUUGAAAAAAUAAAUAAAUUACUUCGAGAAUGAUAA